UUGGGGUCACAUUUACCCAGGAAGUGGGUAUCAAAUUGAGGUGGGGGUGUCACAGGAGGCAAAGGGGUCCCAGCUGCGGUCAGGACUGUGGUGGGAUUCCCGCCUCGGCAGCGUCACUGCCCAGCAGCUGUUCAAUAAAGGCUGUGUGUGUGGAAUCUGACUCAGAGCAGCGGGGGAGGAUCUGUGGAGCGACUGUCACAGGUCCUGCAGGGGAGUGGGCACCCUCUCUGGCUCCCAUGCCCCUCAGACCCUCCCUCUCCUGCCAGGUCCUCCUCCCUCCCUCCCCGUGCUCCUGGCAGAGGGAUGCUGGCCUCCAGCACGGGCGGCCUUACUGGCAUCUCUGCCAAGUCAACAAGUCUAGGGCUGCCUUCUGCCCGGCGAUGUGCACGGAACGGAGCGUCUUCCUGGGGAGCAGGGCUGGGAGUGCCCAGAGUAUAGGCCAAGACAGGCUGGGGCUGCCAGGGCUGGGGAUGCAUGGGGUAGGGGGAGGCCAGACACCCCCAUGGACACACGCGGCCCCUACGCACUCCUGCUAUCCAUCCCUGGGCAGAGUGGCCCUUAUGCUGCCCCCUCCCACCCCGCUCGCAUCUGUAGCAUCUGGGAACUCCUGGGCUUCGCCGCCCGCUGCCUGACAUGGAGGCUACACCGAGCCUGUGUGCUCCCUCCUGCCUCAGGAACAGGCCCCCAGCACCCAGCUGCCCGGCUGCCAUGCGCAAACAUUACAAAGUCCACUUCGCCAAGGAUGCCCAGAGCCCCAACGGGCACUACUUCUGGGACCCAGAGUUGGGGCACCAAAAAGGAUGCUGUCAUCAGUGGCGCCAGGACUCAGCGGCCCUCCGAGCCCAUGGGCCCUGUCGGCCUUCCCCCCAGUCACACUGGCAGCUGGCCUACUACAGCCACCAAGUGGGUGGCAGUGGCUGGCGCCAGGGCCUCCUGCCCUCCGUCCUGCAGCAGCAGCGGCAGCCCCAGCCCCAGCCCUCACCUUCCAGCCCCCUGCGGCAGCGGUUCUGCCCCAUUCACGAAGCCCAGAAGGGGCUGCCUGCAACCUCCACUGUCCCCAAGGAACCUGCCAGCGCCCCUCAGGCGCCCACCUUACCCACUACCGCACCAGCCAUGGCCAGGAGUGGCCCAGCUCUACCCUCCACGGCUGGCGUCCUCCUGAAACCCAGCGAGCCCACUGAUGCCCGGCCCCUGCCCGCCCCAGCGGCCUGUGGCUCCUUCACUGCCUACAGCUCCGACAUCCUGACAGAGGAUGACGUCUACUGCAGCUGCCUGGCCAAGACACUCUGCCACGUGCCGGUCCCUGUGACCGUAGGUUUCUAUGCCCCUUUUGGCUGCCGCCUGCACAUGAUGCUGGACAAGAUCACGGCGCUGAUGCAGCAGGAGGCGGCGCAGCGCGAGAGCGAGGAGCUGCAGCACGUGCAGUGGCGGCCGCGUGCCGUGAGCGGCUGGCGCGUCCCGCAGCUACUGUGGUACCUGGUGUUCCUGCAGCCCAUCAUCACCGAGGUGCACCUGCGGCGCAGGAACGUGCAGUUCCUUUUCAUCCGCUUCAGCGCCUGGCAGUACGAGGGCACCGACAAGCUGUGGGCCGGCCUGGUGACCACGUUGUGCGAGGGCAUCCGCCACCACUAUGGCGCACUGCCCUUCAGCGUGUACUCAGUGCUGGGUAACAAGCCGGCCACCAGGCAGGACUGCUGCCAGAGCGAGUGGCAUUGUCGGCGCCGCGUGUGCCUGGGGCUGCUGGCGCUGCUGGCGGCGCUGGGCCUGGGCGUGGGGCUGCUCUACUUGUCGCUGGGCGGCCACGCGCUGGGCCACAGCAGCCCGAGCGGCAGCCUGCUCAAGGUGUUUGGCGGCGCGGCCACCACACUGUCGGGUUCGGGGCUGCUCAUGGCCGUGUACUCGGUGGGCAAGCACCUGUUCAUAAGCCAGCGCAAGAAGAUCGAGCGGCUGGUGUCGCGUGAAAAGUUCGGCAGCCAGCUGGGCUUCAUGUGCGAGGUGAAGAAGGAGGUGGAGCUGCUCACCGACUUCCUGUGCUUCCUGGAGAUCUACCAGCGGCGCAGGCUGCGCGUGGUGCUGGAGGUCACCGGGCUGGACACGUGCUACCCGGAGCGCGUGGUGGGCGUGCUCAACGCCAUCAACACACUGCUGUCCGACAGCCACGCACCCUUCAUCUUCAUCCUGGUCGUGGACCCCAGCAUCCUUGCCGCGUGCCUAGAGAGCGCGGGCAACAUGAAGGGCACAGCCGACAAUGGCUACCUCUUCCUCAACCGCACGGUCACGCUGCCCUUCUCUGUGCCCAUUAUGGGCCGCCGCACCAAGCUGCAGUUCCUGCACGAUGCGGUGCAGAGCCGCGACGACCUCUUGUACCGCGAGAUCACGCGCAAGCCGUGGCUGCCGGGGGACGCCGGGGGCGAGAGCACGCAGCUGCUGGCGGUGCAGGCGCAGGCGGGGACGGAGCGCGGGCAGGGCCGCGUCGACGCCGAGGCGGCGCGGCGCAUCCAGGAGGCGCUCUUCUGCCUUCACGACGAGCGCGACUGCCUCUACGAGUACGUGCCCGACAACGUGGUGUCCAUGCGGCGUAUCGUCAACACCGUGCCCAUCACCGUGCGCCUGCUGCAGCAGCAGCAGGGGGACUUUGGGGGACCCACGCCGCGCCAGGCGGUGGCGUGGGUGGUGCUCGCCAACCAGUGGCCGUGCCGCUUGAGCUGGGCGCUGCAGUGCUUGGAGGACCGGCAGCAGACCGGGGGCGCGCCCGAGGGCCGCGCGCGCCUCUGGGACGUUUUCCGCGACAACAGCCGCGAGCUGCACACCAUGACCAAGGCGUUGCAGAACGUGCUAGACCUGGACGGCGACCCCGAGCUCUUCGAACGCUUCCUGGGCGCCGACUUCCCCUUCACCGUGACAGAGGCGCAGAGCCUGCUGCGCUGCACGGUCAACCUGGACCACUCCAUCCGCCGGCGCAUGGGUCUCAUCCGAGCCGUCAGCAAGCUCAAGCCGCCCAGCCCGCCCAAGUCCCCUGCCCGCGAUGCCCCCCACGCUGCCCACCGGGCCAACAGUGCCUCCAGGGCGCCCCCGUCGGGCCGUGCCUCAGGGCAAGCCGGCGAAGGCCACCACGCUGGGGACUUGGCCCACAGGGGCAAGCUAUGGCCGGUGACCUGUGCGCUCUUCCGUCCAGAGCAAUCCAGCCCAGGUGGGCCUUGAAUGGAGGACUUGGCGGGCAGCAGAAGGCAAGGGUUCCUCCAUCUGCCCAGAUGGGGGAAUAGGGGGCUGGACUGGGGCCGCAGCCCAGGGUCCGAAUGAGCCCUGUGAGGCCCACACCCCCAGGUGAACCUGAGCCAGAGCUGUGGACAUAGCCUCCAAGGAGUGGGGCCACCAGCCGGUGCCAGCAUGAGAGCAGGCACAGAAGGACCAGUGAGGAAGUCAGGGUAUACAUGCAAUAAAUGGAGGUGUUGAGAGCCCCCAGUUGCUCUCCGCAUCCCGAUCUGACCAGGGACCAAGCCUGCCCCGUCCUGCUAAGCCCACUUCCUCCUCUGCACCAUGCUGGCCUCCUCGUCUGGCAUCUCUGUGGCAGGAGAGGCUGUGGGGGUGGUGGGUGAGGCUGCAGAGAUGACAGGUGGAUGGGCCGGGUUGACUCAGGCAACAUGGAGCGCCCAGGCCUCAGGGAAUCCCAGUCCUUGUCCCCAUGCCCUAGCUUGCCCCUCUGUGAGUAGGGCAGGGGCUGGCAUUUCCGAGGGUGACCUCGGUGACCUCAGCAGGCUGCUCCACCCCUAGAGUGGCACCAUUCUCAACGUAAUGGGUUAAUUAGACCUCGCUGGCACCUCAGCCAGCUGAGGUGGAUGGCACUAACCUCCCCCAGACAAAUAACUGUCCACAGGGUACCUGCCUUACGAGUCACUCCAGGGCCACUGGUUAGUCACUGACACUGAAGCCACUGCAUCAGCCCUCUGAUGAGGACAGGGAAGUUGGGCAGCGAUGGGGACAUACAAGGCCCAAGCCACAGCCAGCCAGGAGGGGUUACACUAGGGCUCCCCACCUUCCCUCUGGGCAGAGCCCUGGGCUGGGGGUGGGUGUCACUCCUCUGGGCAGUUCCUGAUUCCUCACCGGUCAAAUGUUCAGCCACACGCUCAGGCCCUGGGGUGGCUGGCCCAGUUCCAAGUGUGUGCCGGCAGGGGCCACAAGGGCCAACACUGAACAUACCCUGGGAUGAGGCUGAGGGUGUGGCUUCUGAGCCAGGGCCCUGAGGCUGGUGGAGGGGACAGUCCCCGAGGAAACAGAGCGCUGCAAAGGCACCCACCCUCAGGUCAUGGGACUGGGGUCACUGACCUCACAGUUCUUUAGCUCCAAGGCUGGGCAUGGCAUCCAGGUCUGGCUGCAGCACCGGAGUUCUCUGGCCACAGCAAUUGUCACAGGUGCAUGCAGGUCAGUGGGAGCCCUCCAUGAUCUUCCCUGGGGCUGAGCAAGCAGAGGUGCUGUUUCCCAUUCCUGGACUGGCUAAGCUGGUAGGAUACGCCUGGAUCUCCUGGGAGCUGUUUCCCAGCAGUCAGGGAGAGCUGGCCUUAGAGGGAGAACGAUGGGGCCUCGUGACACCGUUAAGUCUGUUUCUGUAGAUGUGUGGCUGGGGUCAAUAUAUCCCUGUAGCCUCCCUUAAGCCAGUUUCAGUUGGGUUUGUUUCUUACCCCCUGGAAUCCAAGCUGAAAAUAAAUUUUCACUCCUGUUACCAGGAGUGGGGUGCUGUGAGAGAUGCUAACGUGUGGACUUGGCUGGAGGUGGGGGCAGGACUGAAGACCCCCAUGCCUCAGUAAGAAGCUGCAUCAGCCUGGCCAACACGGUGAAACCCUGUCUCUAAUAAAAAUACAAAAAGAUUAGCCGGGCAUGGUGGUGCACGCCUGUGAUCCCAGCUACUCAGGAGGCUGAGGUGAGAGGAUCACUUGAACCCGGGAGAUGGUGGCUGGAGUGAGUCAAGAUGGUGCCACUGCACUCCAGCCUGGGUGACACAGUGAGACUCUGACUGAAAAAAAAAAAAAAAAAGCCGCAGCCUCUGUUAUGUGCUACAAGCUGUGGCCAAACUGUUGGCCACUGUAUCUUCACGUGGAGCUGCUAUGAGAACUUGCACCUGUGUAAGGCCAUGGGACCGGUUGUCACCAACAAAAAGGGAGCACAGCUGACCUGUGCGCCUUUCCCAGCAAUGAGUUAGGGAGCAGGUUUCCCUUCUCCACUCCCUUCCCCCAUCUGCCCGCUUGAUCCGGGACCCUUGAGGCCCUGGGGAGCAACAGAGCCCUAAGAGCUUCAAAGGCGCCUGGGUCCAGGAGUAACUUGGUGAAGAGCUGCCUGCCACUCUGAACAUCCACAUGUGACAAUAAACAUCUCCUGUUAGGACACUGAGAUCUUGCAUGAAACAGACCCCCUAUGUCUUCAGCAAAGGCUACCAAAACGUGACAAGCUCGGGCGACACUUGGGUGGCUGAAGGGAAGGGGAAAACGAGAUGGCAAGGGGGAUCCUCUCAGCCUCCAUCCCUCGAUCUGGGACCCUUCAGAAAAUCAGGAGCGCGGCAGGCUGGGGUGUUGUGAUAACGGCUAUGGUUUCUAGAGCUGCUGUAACACAGUCUAACAGACCACGUGCCUUUGAAGGACAAAUGUAUCGUCUUUCGCUUCUGGAGGCUAAAAGUUCCAGAUGAAGGGGGGCUCUCUGUGCCUGCUCCCCACUCCUGGUGCAUUGCUGGCCAUCUCUGCAUUCCCUGGCUUGCAAAGGCAUCACCCCAUCCUCUGUCUUCACGUGGCAGUCUCCCUGUGCCCAAAUGCCCCUUUUAAUAAGGACACCAAUCAGACUGCAGCAGGGCCCACCCGAAUGACCUCAUUAAAAUGAGUUAAAACUUGA